AUGACACAUCGCGACACAUCACAUCACAACGACACAACACCACGAUCACAUCACAACGACACAUCACGACACAACGACACAUCACGACACAACGACACAUCACGACACCACGACACAUCACGCACCACGACACAUCACGGCACCACGACACAUCACGACACAUCACAACGACACAUCACGGCACCACACACAUCACAUCACGACACCACGACACAUCACGGCACCACGACACAUCACGACACAACGACAUCACAUCACAACGACACAUCACGACACCACGACACAUCACGGCACCACGACACAUCACAUCACAACGACACAUCACGACACAACGACACAUCACAUCACAACGACACAUCACGACACAACGACAUCACAUCACAACGACACAUCACGACACCCACGACACAUCACGGCACCCACGACACAUCACGGCACCACGACACAUCACGACACCACGACAUCACAUCACGACACAUCACGACACCACAUCACAUCACGACACCGACACAUCACAUCACGACACAACGACACAUCACAUCACAUCACCACGACACAUCACGACACCACGACACAUCACGGCACCACGACACAUCACAUCACGACACAACGACACAUCACGACACAACGACACAUCACAUCACGACACAACGACACAUCCGACACCACAUCACGACACAACGACACAUCACGACACAACGACACAUCACGACACACAUCACGACACAACGACACAUCACAUCACAACGACACAUCACGACACCACGACACAUCACAUCACAACGACACAUCACGACACCACGACACAUCACGACACAUCACAUCACGACACCACAUCACGACACAACGACACAUCACGACACAACGACACAUCACGACACCACAUCACGACACGACACAUCACAUCACGACACCACAUCACGACACAGCGACACAUCACGACACCACGACACAUCACAUCACAACGACACAUCACGACACCACAUCACAUCACGACACAUCACGACACAACGACACAUCACAACACUACGACACAUCACGACACGAUGA